CUGUGUUUAUGUUGUAAAGUUUAUGUAUUGAAGUUUCUUGUAUUGUUUAUUCUAGCUCCGUUGAAUCACUUCAAUCUUGCCAGAAUCUUGUCUAUAUAUUAUAAGAAACUAUUUCAUAAAUUUAGUCUUAGAAUAGCGAAUUAUUACAUAGUUAAAAAAGAAAGAAGCCUUUCUGCAAUUUGUUCGUCCUUCAGUGGGCUAGGCAUAAGCAAUUUCUUAGAGGCUGCAUUGUUCCAGUUGAUUGAACCUUUAAUUUCAAUUAAGAUAUAGUAAAACGUUGAGGAAAAUACUGAAGUUUUAUAUCACACUUAUCUUUAUUAUAAGUCUGUAAUCAGGAUGAUGGAAGUAGAAUUUGAUCAAAGACUUCGGGACAUCCAGAGAGAAUAUUUAGAAUUUUUGGAUGAUGAGGAAGAUCAAGGAUUGUAUAAUAAGAAAGUGAAGAACAUGAUUGAAGAUAAAAGGAAGCGUCUUCUUGUAAACGUGAAUGAUCUUCGAAGAAAGAAUCAAGCACGAGCAGCUGGAUUGUUGAAAAAUGCCUUUGAAGAACUAAUGGCUUUUCAGCUUGCCCUGAAAGAGUAUGUGACGAGUGUAGAGCCCUCUUAUGUUACACCAACAGAUGAAUUCUUUAUUGCAUUUGAAGGCAGUUUUGGAAACAAGCACGUGACUCCACGCACACUUACCUCUCGCUUUCUGGGAAACCUGGUCUGUUGCGAGGGAAUUGUCACAAAGUGUUCUUCUGUUAAACCAAAAGUAGUUCGAAGUGUUCAUUAUUGUCCUGCUACAAAAAAGACUAUAGAACGAGCCUACACGGAUCUCACCUCUCUGGAGGCCUUCCCCUCUUCAGCUGUUUAUCCGACAAAGGAUGAUGAAGGUAAUCUUUUGGAGACAGAAUAUGGCUUGUCUACAUACAAAGACCACCAGACACUCACCAUACAAGAGAUGCCUGAAAAAGCACCAGCUGGUCAGUUGCCCCGGUCUGUUGAUAUUGUGGUGGAGUACGACCUGGUAGAUCUUUGCAAACCGGGCGACAGAGUGCAGGUCGUUGGUAACUACCGCUGCCUACCUCACAAACAGGGCAGUUUUACUGCUGGGACAUUCAGAACAAUUUUGAUAGCUACAAAUGUCACACAGCUAAGCAAAGAGGCGACCUUGUUUAUUUCAAGAGAAGAUGUGAAGAAUUGCCGUCGUCUCGUAAAGAAAAGUAACAUAUUUGAACUACUUGGAAGAUCUCUGGCUCCCAGUAUUCACGGCCAUCACUAUAUCAAGAAGGCAAUUCUCUGCAUGCUGCUGGGUGGUGUGGAGAAAGUUUUACCGAAUGGCACAAGGCUCAGAGGAGAUAUUAAUGUUCUGCUGAUUGGAGACCCGAGUGUGGCCAAGUCACAGUUACUGAGGUAUGUGUUGGGUACAGCACCCCGUGCCAUCCCCACCACUGGACGAGGCAGCUCUGGUGUAGGAUUAACAGCUGCUGUCACCACAGAUCAGGAAACUGGUGAGCGGAGAUUGGAGGCAGGAGCUAUGGUGUUGGCCGACAGAGGUGUGGUGUGUAUUGAUGAGUUUGACAAGAUGUCUGACAUGGACCGUACAGCCAUCCAUGAAGUGAUGGAGCAAGGCAGGGUGACGAUUGCCAAGGCUGGUAUACAUGCACGACUCAAUGCCCGCUGCUCAGUAUUAGCAGCUGCCAAUCCUGUUUAUGGCAAGUACAACCAAUACAAAACUCCGAUGGAGAAUAUCGGUCUGCAAGACUCACUGCUGUCUCGAUUUGACUUGCUGUUUGUGAUGCUGGAUCUUGUGGACUCGGAACAGGAUAGAAUGAUAUCCGACCAUGUUGUACGUAUGCACAGAUACAGGAAUCCAGGAGAACAGGAUGGAGAAGUGUUGCCGAUGGGGUCAACUGUUGACCUGCUGAGCACACAAGGCACUGAUGUCAGCUCGGAGGAGAUGGUUACGCCUAUCUGGGAGAAGUAUGAUCCUCUUCUUCACGGCAACUCACGUUCAAAAUCGGAUCAAAUCUUAAGUAUGAAGUUUAUGCGCAAAUACAUCCAUAUUGCCAAAGUACUGAAGCCGGUAUUGACCGAAGAGGCGUCUGAAGCUAUAUCUGAGGAAUAUUCAAGACUUCGGUCCCAGGACUUCAUUGAAUCUGAUGUUGCAAGGACACAGCCAGUUACUGUGCGUACGCUGGAGACACUGAUUCGUCUGUCCACUGCACAUGCCAAAGCGAGGCUUUCACGCCUUGUUGAGCUGGAGGAUGCUCAGGCAGCUAUACAAUUAGUGCAGUUCGCUUACUUCAAAAAGGUAUUGGAGAAGGAGAAGAAGAAGAGGAGGCGUGGGACGGACGACUCUGAUGCUGAGGAGUCUGAAGAGGAAGAGGGAGAUAAUGCUUCACAGCAGUCGAAGAGGUCUCGACGGGACUUAUCAGGGGUGACUCAACCGACAAUUCAGACUGGAGAAGAGGUCCAGGAUCCGUUUGAUUAUGACUCCAGCUCAGAGUCACCGGCUAAGAAGCGCAAGUCACCUCGCAAGAAGAAGCCAGCUGCUGAACUGACAGAUGAGCAACUGCUGGCACGCGACGCAGGCCCCUCCACAUCAGAUGUCCAACCUCUAGCUGCAGCGACAUCCAUCUCGUCCGAGAGGUUCCAAAAAUUCAAAUCUAGUGUCGUGGAAGUUUUUAGAGGAGAGAGAGCUCAGUCGCUCUCACUAGAACGUGUCGUCGAGUUCGCCAAUGGCCUCAACAGUGAUGCUCCGUUUUCUGACGGGGAGGUUGCUGCGGCUAUAGAGAGGAUGUCAGAGGCCAACCAGAUCAUGGUGGCAGAUGGCAUUGUCUUUCUCAUUUAAUUUUAAGUUUAGCUGUAAAUAUGUUGUAUAUAUUAUUCCCUUGCUCCUUGUGGAUGUUUUUGUAUCUCUCGAAUACUUUAAAAGUUUUUUAACCACGUGCUAAAUUUAUUAUUGAUGUGCAAGGACUUGAUAUUUUGUUUCCUUCUUAUAACCUUUAACCUUUUUAUUGUUGAUAAUUUAUUCAUAAAAAAAAACUAGCAAAGUGACAAGUUUUAAUAAAUAAAAGCAAUCAAUAUCAGUGAAAAUGUCAAAUUGUUUAUCUACUGAAUUGACCAAUAAUAAAAGUACUAGAGCUGUCCAGAAAGUACAGACAUUUUGACCUAUCAUCUAGGAAGUAGAGCCACCAUCUGGUGUCAAAACAUUUCCAUAUUGAGUACAUAUCCAGGUGUAGUAGUGUGCAGAUUAUGUCCCUCCUACUAUGAUCUGUGUAACUUGUAAGAUGAGUUUAUUAUGUUUAGGUGAAAAUACCACCAUUGAAAUUCUCGAGUAAAUAGACUCUAUUCUAGUAAAUACACAUAUUCUAUCUUAUUGGGUAGCACAACGACAAAUAGGCACUUCUAUUCAUUGUUUUCUCUGUACAAUUGUACAUUUGAAACUGUUUCUGGUGCAAAUUGGAUAUGAUUUUGGUACUGUAACUGUUGAAAUUUUAGCAUUAUGUAUCUCGAAUGAGCACAAUAUUCAAUGUUCUGUUUUAUAUACUACUUAUUUAUUCUAAGAUCAAUUUCCAAUAUUUUUGUUGAGGUUUGGUAUCCAAAUCAUUGAUGACACUGGCAGUAGUACCUUAAAUUAACUAUCUUCUUUGUUUUGUUUACGUAAAUACUUGUGAGUGGCAAGACUCUCACUCGUAACUUUGUUUUGUAAAUUAUUUGAAACGUCUCAUCUUCAGGACAGCCCUUGUAUUAUUAGUAUUUUUUUUUCAAAACAUGUCUACUUUUAUUAGUUAAGAAUCAGAGUUAAGUUUCAUAAUGUAUCGAAUAAAAGUUAAUAUUUACUA